GAAGAAGGCUUCAAAUACUGACUUUUCCUAAAACUGUAAUCUCAGCAGAAGGUGAGGUUUUGUGCUUUUUUCCAAAAGUCAUCAGCAUCUGUGUAGGCUACUGAACUAAGACAACAAGUAGUUGCUUUCCUCUAGUUAAAAAAAAAAAAAGUGAUUAACUAGAAUUGUAAUUAUUGCUGUUUCCAGUAGUUUAUUCUUCUCUUUUUUUGUGUGUGUGUGUAUAUGCAGAGCACAAGGUAAUCAUAGUGGGACUUGAUAAUGCUGGAAAGACCACCAUUCUUUACCAGUUCUUGAUGAAUGAAGUGGUUCAUACUUCUCCAACCAUAGGGAGCAAUGUAGAAGAAAUAGUAGUGAAAAAUACUCAUUUCCUCAUGUGGGAUAUUGGAGGACAAGAAUCAUUACGGUCAUCAUGGAAUACCUAUUAUUCAAACACAGAGUUCAUCAUUCUUGUUGUUGACAGCAUUGACAGAGAGCGACUUUCUAUUACAAAAGAAGAACUUUACAGAAUGCUGGCUCAUGAGGAUUUACGGAAGGCCGCAGUUCUCAUCUUUGCAAACAAGCAGGACAUGAAGGGUUGCAUGACAGCCGCUGAAAUAUCUACAUACCUCACCCUUAGCUCCAUAAAGGAUCACCCAUGGCACAUUCAGUCUUGUUGUGCUUUGACAGGAGAAGGAUUAUGCCAAGGCUUGGAGUGGAUGACCUCCCAUAUUGGAGUGAGAUAGCUUUUUGGGAAAGGAGAGACUUCUAUUUAUCCUGUGAACAUGUACAUUUUUCUGUACUUCUGGCUGCUGAGGCAGUGAUGAUGAUUAAUUUAUAACAACCAACCUCCAAGCUGUACUUGAAUCAAGUGCAGCUGAACUGAAACACAAAGUAUUUUCUUAGCUUUUUUUAAUACACUAAUCUUUGGCUGGAUGAACGUAUGUGAAUCUGUUUUUAAGCAUUGAAAUUCCUCUGAUGAUGUAUUCUGGCUUUUUCAACGAUAGCUUUCUAAGAUCUGUUUUGUUGUUUUCAGUGUUUCAUACCUGUUCUUCGCAAAGUUUAUAUAACUUACUAACAUAAAUGAGGGCAGGCUGUCUAAUAAUGAAAAAGUAGUGACUAAGUUGACCUUUAGUGUAGCUCUAAUCUCUGAAGAUGACCAUAUCUCCAGUUGGGCUACCUGGAAAGUCAGUAGGCUUCUAGCCAGCACAGAAAUUAAGUUAUGAGUGCAAGUUUUUAGGUGCUGAAUGAGUUAGCCUACUUAUAGUUAAUAUCGAGGGGCCUUUUAAAGUGGUAUAUAAUUGGAUUUUUGCCUUAAGAGAAAUUUAUUUCAUUCCUGUUUUCUCUGGUAAGUAGUUCUGGGUUGUGAUUCUCUUUCUUUUAUCUGAAAACACAUCUUUGUACAGUGGAUAAAAUCUUAUUAUUAGAUGUUGUGUUUUUCCUUUAGACCUUUAACUUCUUAAAAAAUAAACCUCUUGAUAAGAAAACUUGGAAUCAUGGCAGCCAGUGUUAUGUGUAGACAUGCUGUAAUUGUUAAAAUUUUUAAUACUGUACAUACACUAGCCUUCCUCAACUUUCAAUGAGAGUGUUAUUUUUUAAAUGAAUGCAAAAUCCAAAGGGAAGCCAGAGAUAUAAAUAGAACAAUAUCAUGGUACUGUAUGUAUCUGUAGACUUUAGACUGAAAUUUUGACAUUUACUUACGUGUUUUCAAAUGUAAAUAUUUUCAGAUUCUGUUGCACAAAAAAUAUUUGGCCUUACUUUUGUUUUUAAUGUCACUUGCAGGAGCGGAGAAUUUUGCUGUUGCUCUAUUUAAAUUCGCUCACUUGAAAUUGAGUAACUGGGAGCUGAAAAACUAGAGAGCUUCCAAUUAAAAAAGAGGUGGGGAAAGAUUGGACCUAAUAACCCUGAAUUAAAUUUGAAGGGGUUGGAAUUAGAUCUGUAAAGAAAAUAGGGUAUCUGAAGCGACAAACGAAGUUACUGAGAGGGUUAGGCACUAAAAAAAACCCGAAACCAAAGAAAACACAAAAAUAAAACUAAAGCAAUACUGGGCACCCAACUGUUAUUGAAAUCCUGCUAGCAGUCAUAUGUCUAACCUACGUAAAUGCUUGGUAGGCUUUUCGAAAGCACCAUUCUGCACUUUAGUUUGCCUAAACAGCACUCGGAAUCUGGUCACCAGACACACUUUGCUAAUUCACUGUAUAGAGAUAAUUCCUUAUCCAAGUCCAGUUAAAUGACAAAGUAUGUUCUUGCUAGAUCUUGUUGUGAUAAAUCAGGCAUAUUUGAGUUUUAUUUAUUAAAAUUUUAGGUUUUGCAUGUUUUCAAUUGAAUUCUAUUUUUUAAUGGAACAAAGCUUAAUGCAAUUUAAAAAUCAGUACAUAUGUUGUCAUAAAUCUCUUUCUUUAAAAAAAGAUUUUGAAUACAUAUGAAAUCUUGCUGAACUAAUUUAUAUGUAAUGCUCGUUAGAAAAAGUCCCGUUCAGGAGAAAGAUUGAGUGACAAGUCAAAAUGUUGGAAAAUAUUUUUAAACCAGUGAAAACCAGUACUUUAAAAAGGAAUGCAAGACAAGUGUAAAAUUUGAUAUUAGAGCUUCUUGCUUGCUCUGAUAUUCAGCAGUUGUACUAAUGUGUGGAAAUAAGAUUUGUUUUUGUUUUAGGAAGUAAAUUACAAAUGGAAAAAAAUAAAAUGUUACCUUGAAA